GUUAGUUCUGCAUCAUCGUGCCCCAAUACUACUCUGCAGCUUCACAAAGAGAGAAGAAGAAAAACCAUCCGGACGUUGCUCCUUCAUGUGAGUCCUGACCGGAGAUUUGUGCCGUUUAACCGGCUGUUUACCAGUUUGCGACAAGACUCCCCAGAGGAGCACCGGACAGAAAGUUCAGUCUUCACGGAGAUGAAGCCGAGCGAAGAGGCGACCGAACGGGCCAAGAUGUCCAGAUGACAACAGAUGGCAACAGUCCGAACAUGCUGACAUGAGCAGGCUGAACGUUUGAUUGACAGCUCCACAGCAACGACACACCCGUCCUUCCGGCGGCCGCCCGCCCGCCCGCUCGCCGUCCGACCAGCCAUGUUGUUGAGGAGGAAGCUGUGCGUCGGCGUGGUGAUCGCAGCCAUCCUCUUCCUCAUGCUCGCCAGUCAGAGCAUCCAGAGGAAGCACUUCCUGCCUCUGUCCUUGGCCCUGCCCAUCAGCCGGGCCACGCCCACUGGCAGGGAGACAGUAGCUGAACCCACGGCGCCCCCUGCUGCUCUGACCCCUGACCCUCCCAGGACCCACCCUCCUCCCCGCACCACCAAACCCGAAGCCAAGGAGAAGCCUGAAGAGAACUCCCGGGACGACCUGCGGUCGUGCGGUUGUGCCGAGUCCUGUAUUUCCGACUUGGGGAAGUCGGACUGGUUCAGCCGACGCUACGACCCCGAACAGCAGCCGGUCCUCCGAGACGACGCCGACAACUUUGACCCCGAGGCGCUCAGAUGGUGGCUGAGUCUUCAGCGGUCCGGUAACGACCAGUCUCUAAAGGAAGUGAUGUCGGAGAUGUUCAGGGUCAUUGCCACGCCCACUGUGGACUUUAGGCCCCUCCCCUCCACUUGCCGAAGUUGCGCGGUGGUCGGCAACUCCGGCAACCUGCGACGGUCAGGAAACGGCAAGCUGAUCGACUCCCAUAACUCUGUAAUCCGGAUGAACAAGGCGGUGACUGAAGGGUUUGAGAACGACGUCGGGAACCGGACGACGCAUCACUUCCUGUACCCGGAGAGUGCGGUGGACGUUGCCCGCGGCGUCAGCCUCGUCCUGCUCCCCUUCAAACUCAGAGACCUGGAGUGGCUGACCAGCGCGCUGUCCACCGGACAAGUCAAAAUGACCUACAUGAGGGUUAAAGACCGAGUGGAGGCGGAUAAAGACAAGGUUCUGGUGGUGAACCCUGUGUUCUUGAAGUACGCUCACGAUCGAUGGACCGAGGGUCACGGUCGCUACCCGUCCACUGGAAUGCUGGCCAUCAUCUUCGCUCUGCACACCUGUGACCAGGUGUCUGUGUUCGGUUACGGCGCCGACCAGCAGGGGAACUGGCACCACUACUGGGAGGAGAACCGCAAUGCCGGAGCCUUCAGGAAGACCGGAGUCCACAGCGCCGACUUUGAAACGCAGAUCAUCCACCAGCUCGCCAAGGAGGGCAAAGUCAGCCUGCACCUGUGACGCAACCACUGACCUGGUGACCCCCCCAACAGGCCUACAGCCAUGAUGAUCUACUGAUGGACUUACAGACGGGUCUACCGGCAUACAGACCCAGAGACGGACAUGCCGACUGACCGAUAGACCUCCCAAAUGACAAACUGAUGAACCUCGUGAUCCACAGACAGAAGGACCGACCUACAUAUAGACUUACAGACUGCUGACUGGCCUGCAGAGCUAAAUACAGACCCACAGACCUUCUGACAGACCAGCAGAUCAUUCACCAUAGAACCAUCUUCGUCUCGUCUGGCAUCCAGCUGAGUCCGGUUGAUUGGCCAACAGUGGAUCGCGUACAAAAAAAAUCAGCCCUGUGUAGAUCACAUCCGGCAGAGCGGACUGAAGACGCUGUCAGGCGGCGACAUUUUUACAAUCCCGAAUUACCUGUGGACGGGGGGCCAUUUUGGGGGUGGGAGGAGCUACACUAAGCACCUCCACGUGGUGGGCGGAGCUCAGAUAUCCAGACUCCUGCUGGUUCAAAUGAGUUCCGGCUCCACUUGAACAUACAGACCUGCUUUUUUUUUUCUUUUUCGCGACCCUCCACUAUUUAAAAACAGACAGACCGUGUGCGACUGCAAAGGAUUUACCACGAAAUGUUUUGCUCGAAGCGGAAAACAACCACAGACUUUUUAAACAUUUACAGGUAUAACCUCUAUUUCUUUUUCUUCCACUAUGAAAGCACUUUGCCCUGAAGAAGAAAUGGCAUAAGGAGUCCAGUUGUCCGACCACGUUACAAGACAUUUGAUAUUUUAUAUAAUUUAUAAUCCAUCCAUGUAUUCUAACGGACGCUUAACGCCACCCGUCCUGAUCUGGGAGAUGGUCUCUGGUUUGAACUGGUUAAGGGACGACGUCUUAUAGAUUUAGAGCUGAAGGAGCCCGUUUGAGUUUCUCAUCCUGUGUUUGAGUUUCUACAUGCGGUCUGUGAUGAUUUAACAGUCUGCCGGUUUGCAGCAGGGCGAUUCUUUUAUUACGCGCAACAAGUUAACGGUAAGCGGUAAAAGUUAAACUCUACAACAAGAGCUUCAGGUGUGAUUAAGUGCCGCAGAAACUGCACGACUUUAAACUAAAGAUUUCUUUAACAAGACUUAACGCGCGUGCGUUGCAUGGAUGAGUGGAUAAUGUAGUGCAAUGUAAGUCCGACCAAAAGAUACCAACCAACCACAUGAAUGAAGAGACCGACCCGUCCAGCAGGGGGCAGUCAGUCAGCUGUCUGCUGGACUUCCUGUUGCUGAAUGUCUGAGGCUUCAUUCACACUGAGAAGGUUUGAGUCUGAAUCCGAGUUUCUUGUAUAGUUCCUCUCAGCUGCGCUUGUUGUUUUACGUGAUGGCUCCGUUGGCACAUGGAUGGUCAGCACGUACCCUCGUGGUAGAUGGUGAAAUGUGCAUCUGAAGAAAGUACAAUGUGGCUUUCAAGUUUUUUUUUUUAUUACAUUUUUGUUAUGUAUUUCGGCUGUUUCUCUUUCAAAAUGUCCCUUUUUUUUAAAUGGUUUAUUAUGGAAUAUUUUGUGGUGGAUUUCAUUUAAAAAAAAUAAAAUAAACACAGAUAUUUAUUUUGGACCAAAUCUUAAAAUGUUGAAAGAUAUCGCACACUUUAGCUUCAGAUUUUGCAGGAGUUAUAUCCUCCAAUGCAUUAAGGGACCGUUUCUUCAGCUGUGUGACCUGUUGCACUGGUAAGCAGCCUUUUGUAUACUAACGACGUGUUUUGCGCUGGUAAAAGUAGCAUCUGUCGACUAAAUGCAUCUACGAUCUCACUGAAAAUUUACUUUGAGAUUAACUUUGCACAAAAAUUCCCACAUAAUUGUAUACACCUCUUGUAUGUUUUCACGGCAGGGGAUUUUUUUGUUUAGUUUCGUCAAACGAAAGGCCUUUUAGAAGUUAUACAAUAUAUUUUUUCUGCAAGCUAUAUAGGAACUGAGCUGGACCAUGGAAGAGUUUUGCAAAAACUAGAAUACAUUUGAAGUGGGUAAUGCAUCCAUUUGUGCUGCUUAUCUGGACCCAAGUCCCACAAUUUAAAUAAUUGUAUCAGACAUUAAUUUAUACUGCUGAGGGAAAAAAACAUUGUUUUUCCAUUAUACUUCAAUAAUAGCAUUAACCUGUAUGUAUGACUGUGAAACAGGUAAAUUAUAUUCUUUGUGGUAAUAAAAAAAGUCUUGAAUUGAACAGAAA